AUGAUGGUAUACCCAAAUAAAUUCUUCUAUUUCAUUAAAAUUUUCUCAUUCACCAUUUUAAUAUGGAUUUUCCAGAAUUCCUAUGAGUUAUGUACAUCAGUAAAAUCAUGGAAUAUGCAAAUCAUCUUAAAUAAAACAUCAAAUGUAAAGGUAAAAAGGUUAUUAUAUGGAGAAGCAGAUGUACAAUGGCAAAAAAGAUACGAUACCUUAAAAGAAAAGGCAAUGAAAAUUGUAGAUGAAGAUGAAUAUCAUUUUGGAAAUAGAUUAAAUACCUUAUUACAAAAUAAUGAAAAAAAAGAACAGUUUAAAAAUAGAAAGUAUGAUAAAAAAGUUAAAAAGCCAUCUAAUUCAUUAAAAUUUAAGGAUAAUUUUGAAGAUUCUUAUAAUUCAUUAAUAUCUGAUGAUUAUCAUAAAAUAUAUCAUAAAGAAGUAAAAGAAGAACCUCGACGAAUGAAAAAAUAUAAAUUAGAAAAUACAUAUACAUUACCAAAGAUAAGUAAUUUUUUAAAGAAGUUAGAUAAAAAAUACGAAAAAGAAAUAGAAAAGUUAGCAGAUUCUAUACUUAAAAAGCCAAACAAGUAUGGUUAUACAAGAAAGAUAAGUUAUAAAAAUGUCCUUAAUGUAUGUGCCCCACUUAUAAUAGCUAGUAUUACAAUGACUAAGAUUUUGGUUAAUCCUUUUGGAGCACAUACGAAUAUAGUAUUAUAUCUUGUAUUUUUUUCAACAGUAAUUUAUGUUUCCUAUAAAAUAUUAAAAAAAGUAAAGAUAUUUAAUCCUAACUAA